GUGUGCUGCAAUAAGUAGCAUCUCGCAGGCCGCUCUGACCCCUCGCUCCUUGGAGGGGGUUUUGGUGGGGAGGCCAUGGAGCUGUGGAAGCAAUGUGCUCAUUGGCUUAUCCAGUGCCGGGUGCUGCCCUCCAACCACCGAGUGACCUGGGAAGGGGCUCAGGUCUGCGACUUGGCCCAAGCCUUGCGCGAUGGAGUCCUCCUCUGCCAGCUUCUCAACAACCUCCUGCCCCAUGCUGUCAACUUGCGGGAAAUCAAUUUGCGCCCUCAGAUGUCCCAGUUCCUGUGCCUCAAGAACAUCCGGACGUUCCUUGCUACUUGUUUGGAGAAGUUUGGCCUACGCAAGAGUGAACUUUUUGAGGUCUUUGACUUGUUCGACGUGCAAGAUUUUGGGAAGGUGAUCGAUGCUUUAUCAAUACUCUCAUGGACCCAAGUUGCCCAAAACAAGGGCUUUGUGCCAUUCCCUACUGAGGAGAGCAUUGCUGAUGAUGAGAUAUACAGUGGCUUAUCAGAUCAGAUUGAUGACACCAUGGAGGAAGAUGACGACCUCUAUGACUGUGUGGAGAAUGAGGAGGCAGAAGGGGACGAAAUCUACGAGGACCUGAUGAGGUCAGAGCCCUGCGUCAUGCCGCAGAAGAUGACCGAACAGGAUAAGAGGAAAUGCUGCCUUCAGGAGAUCCAGCAGACGGAGGAGAAAUACACAAGCACUCUGGAGUCCAUUCACCAGCAUUUUAUGAAACCUCUGCAGCAGUUCCUGAGGCCCCAGGACCUGGAGAAUGUGUUUAUUAACGUUGAGGAACUUCUGAAGAUUCAUCGGUGCUUCCUGGUGGAUCUGAAGAGCGCUUUGUCUUUUACCAACUCCCAGAACCUCUAUCAGGUGUUCAUCAAGUACAAAGAGAAGUUCUUGCUGUACGGCCGGUACUGCAGCCAGGUGGAGGCAGCCACGAAACACCUUGACCAGGUGACCAGUGCCAGUCUGGAUGUGCGCAUGAAACUGGAGGAAUGCUCCCAACGAGCCAACAACGGCCGCUUCAGCCUGCGUGACCUCCUCAUGGUGCCCAUGCAGCGGGUGCUGAAGUACCACUUGCUCCUGCAGGAGCUGAUCAAAUACACGACGGAGCCAACUGAGAAAGAAAACCUCCGGCAGGCACUCGAUGACAUGCGGGAUUUGGCUCAAUGUGUGAAUGAAGUCAAGAGAGACAACGAAACACUGAAACAAAUCACAAAUUUCCAGCUGUCCAUAGAGAACUUGACCCAGUCCUUGGCUCACUUUGGGAGGCCCAAAAUCGAUGGAGAGAUCAAGGUAGUGGGUGGAGAGAAGCGCUCCAAGAUGGACAGGUAUGCUUUCCUCCUGGAUAAGGCCCUGUUAAUCUGUAAGCGAAAAGGAGAUUCCUUUGAAAUGAAGAAAUUUAUUAACCUGCACAGCUACCAGGUCCGGGAUGACUCUUCUGGCGAGAAAGACAAUAAGAAGUGGACUCAUAUGUUCGUUCUAGUGGAUUCUUAUGGUCCCUUGGGCUAUGAACUAUACUUCAAGACACGGGAGCUGAAGAAGAAGUGGCUGGAGCAAUUUGAAAUGGCCUUGUCAAAUAUCUACCCUGAAAAUGCCACUGCCAACGGACAUGAGUUCCACAUGUACUCCUUUGAGGAAACCACCACGUGUAAAGCUUGUCAGAUGCUGCUGAGGGGUACCUUCUACCAGGGCUAUCGCUGCAGCAAAUGUCGGUCGGCAGCACACAAAGAAUGUCUUGGUCGGGUCUCGUCCUGUGGAAAAUCCAGUUCAGAGUCUGGGUCUACAAAAAAGAAUAAACACAAUCGGUAUACACAGGACAGAAAAAACCCUGAAUUGGGGCUACCCAAGUUAGAGGCCUGCCAGGGGUACAAUGGAUUGCCUCCACCACCCAUGGCGUUUGGUCCACCCCUGAAGCUCAAUGUCGGGGAUAUCGUGGAAGUAACCAAAGCUGAGGCAGAGCAGCUGUGGUGGCAGGGCAGGAACACCUCCAGCAAUGAGUCAGGCUGGUUUCCUUGCAAGAAAGUGAAGCCUUAUGUCUGUGCUCCUCCUCCAGAUUUAGCCAUCUUCCUCUGGUAUGCAGGGCCGAUGGAGAGGGGAGAAGCAGAACAGAUACUGGCCAACCGUUCCGACGGGACUUUCCUGGUGCGGCAGAGAAUCAAGGAUGCAGCUGAGUUUGCCAUCAGCAUCAAGUUCAACACAGAAGUCAAGCAUAUCAAAAUCCUGACAACGGAGGGUUUGUAUCGCAUCACAGAGAAGAAGGCCUUUAAAGGACUUGCGGAACUAGUGGAGUUCUACCAGCAGAAUUCCCUGAAGGACUGCUUCAAGAACCUUGACACUGUGCUACAAUUCUCUUUCCAAGAGCCGGAAAGCAGAACUGUGUCCAAGCCAGCAGGGAGAAGCUUGAAGUACUUUGGUUCAGCCAAGGCUCGCUACAAUUACUGUGCUCGAGACCGUACUGAGUUGUCCAUCAAAGAAGGAGACAUCAUAAAGAUUCUGAACAAGAAAGGGCAGCCAGGAUGGUGGAAGGGAGAGAUCUACGGCCGGGUUGGCUGGUUCCCAGCAAAUUAUGUGGAGGAGGACUACUCGGAGUAUUGUUGAGGACGUAGUCCUGGAAGGUGCGUUGAAAGAUGCAGUGUCUCCUGGAACAGCCAACAGAAUUGGUCUCUCUUGCUACUUCCAGGGCCUAUUUUUGUGCAGAAAUCACUGUUAUUUAUGAACUCUUUUCAAUUCCUGUUCCACUUCUCAUCAUUUUCUCUCUUUCCUUGUGUCAAAUAAAUAGAGU